CUAGGAUGGUCCGAACGACGAGCAACGCAAGCCGCUCAAAAACUUCCUGAGGACUGGGAGGACAAGUGCGAGAAGGCGUUCCUACGUAUGGCAUGGACGAUCAAAGAAGAAGACGUGCCGUCAGCGCUUAUCGUUAACAGCGACCAAACCCAGCUGGUCUAUGCGCAGGGAGCAAAACUUACCUGGACGAAAACGGGAUCUUCACAGGUCAAGACGAUUGGCGAGGACGAGAAACGCGCGUUCACUGUCGUCGUGUCGCUCUCCAACGAUGGAGAGAUGCUUCCGUUCCAGUCCAUCUACACCGGACAGACAACGAAAGUCUGCCCUGAGAAAUCAGCGCCUCACUUCGAAGAUGCCACCAAAGCCGGUUUCCGCUUCGAACCUUCGAAAACGAAAACGUACUGGUCGAAUCAACGUACCAUGCGGUCCUUUGUCGACGACAUCAUUGCACCGUACUUCGAGCGCAGGAAGAAGGAGCUCGGGCUUCCGGAUACCCAGAAAUCGAUCUGGCUCAUCGACGUGUGGUCAGUGCAUCGUUCUGAGGAAUUUCGAAACUGGAUGAAGAAUACCCACCCGACCAUCAUCGUUCUCUUCGUUCCUGGCGGAUGUACC